UUUCUCUCCAUUCUUUGCUGUUUGCGACCAAUUCCACCUCCGGCUCUGCACCCGCCCAAACAAAACAUCUCCGCAUCAAUUGCCACAUCCACCACAGCAAUCAUGACAGUCCCCGAGCGCAAAUGGUGGAAAGAUGGCGUUGUCUACCAGAUCUACCCCGCCAGCUUCAAAGACACCAACGGUGACGGAAUCGGAGACUUGAACGGCAUCCUCGAGGAACUCGACUACAUCAAAUCAAUUGGCGUUGACACCAUAUGGAUUUGCCCCAUGUACGACUCUCCCCAGGUAGACAUGGGAUACGACAUCAGCGAUUACGAGAAAGUGUACCCCCCAUACGGCACAGUCCAAGACAUGGAGAACCUCAUCGCAGAGACACACAAGAGAGGAAUGCGCAUGGUCCUCGACUUGGUAGUCAACCACACUUCGGACCAGCACGCCUGGUUCAAAGAAUCCCGCUCCUCAAAGACCAACCCCAAGCGCGACUGGUACAUCUGGCGUCCCGCCCGCUAUGUCAACGGCGAGCGCAAACCCCCCAACAACUGGCUCGGCAAUUUCGGCGGCAGCGUCUGGCAAUGGGAUCCCUUGACCGAAGAAUACUACCUCCACCUCUUCUGCCCUGAACAACCCGACCUCAACUGGGAAAACCCGGAAACCCGCGCUGCAAUCUACAAAUCCGCCAUGGAGUUCUGGCUGGAGCGUGGUGUGGACGGCUUCCGCGUUGAUACCGUGAACAUGUAUAGUAAGGGCGAUAUGCGGGACGCACCUAUCACGGACGAGGGGAGUGAGUGGCAGUUUGCGGGACUACAGUACUGCAACGGUCCUCGCAUGGCGGAGUUUUUGGGCGAGAUGAACCAGGUUCUCGAGAAGUACGAUGCCAUGACUGUCGGCGAGUGUCCCAAUACCCCAGACACAUCCCGCGUCAUUCAAUACGUAUCUGCCAAGGAAAAGCAACUCAACAUGGUGUUUCAAUUCGACGUCGUGGACAUCGGACAGGGGCCUUACAAGUUCCAAACCACACCCAAGAACUACAAACUGUCAGAGUUCAAGGCCGCGAUUGACAGGACGCAGAGUCUCAUCAAGGGAACGGAUGCUUGGACUACCGUUUUCCUAGAGAACCACGACCAGGCCAGGUCGAUCACGCGCUUUACGUCUGAUAAACCCGAACAUAGAGUCGCAGGCGGGAAGAUGCUGGCGCUCAUGAUGUGCGCGCUUUCGGGGACUCUCUUCAUAUAUCAAGGUCAGGAGAUCGGCAUGACAAAUUUUGGACUUGAUUGGGACAUGAGCGAGUAUAAAGACGUCGACUCUUCAAACUAUUAUAAGAUGGUAGAUCAACGCUCAUCCUCCUCCCCAUCCGCUCUUGUCUCUGCGAAAGCGUCCCUCCAACACCUUGCCCGCGAUCACGCCCGUGUCCCCUUCUCAUGGUCUACCGCGCCUUACAACGGUUUCUCGCCUCCUUCAUCUACCGCAAAACCCUGGAUGCGAGCCCUCGAUGAUGCAGCGACGUGCAACGCCGCCCAACAACAGAAAGAUCCGAACUCUGUGCUCGCGUUCUGGAAGAAGAUGUUGAGUGUGAGGAGAGAGUAUAAAGAUUUGCUUGUUCAUGGUCAAUUUGAGGAUCUGGAUCCAAGUGAUGAGGAUUUUUUCGUCUUUGAGAAGACGUGGGGAGGAAAGAAAGUUGUUGCCAUUUGCCAUUUCGGGGAAGGACAAGAGGUCAAGUAUGGGAGGUUUGGGGAGAUCGUUGGGGGGAAGAGGGAAUUACUUGUUAGCUCUUCUGGCGGUGAUGGGAAUGAAGAGAAGUUUGGCGCGUUCGAGGGAAGGAUUUACUUGGUUGGAUGA